GCCCCGCCCCGCCUGCCGCCAAGUUCCGCGGAGUUGGCCGGAGCGGUGCUCAUCUGUCCCCGCGCCGCGCGCUCCCUUCCGCGUUCCGCCGUCUACCCCACCCGCGCCCCGGCCCGGCCGCUGGGGCCCCGCGCCAUGGCCCGAGCGUCCGGGGCGCAGCGCUGACGGCGGCCGGCGGAGCGCGCCAUGCCCAGCAGGACCGGCCGCAAGAUGGACGGGAGCGGCGGCCGUGUCCGCCUGAAGGCGCACUACAGCGGGGACAUCCUGAUCACCAGCCUGGACUCCGCCACCACCUUUGACAAGCUCUGUGAGGAGGUGCGGGAGAUGUGCCACCUCCACCAGGGCCACCCGCUCACCCUCAAGUGGGUGGAUAGUGAAGGUGACCCCUGCACUGUGUCCUCCCAGAUGGAGCUGGAGGAGGCCUUCCGCCUGUCCUGUCAGCGCAAGGACGAAGGGCUCAUCCUUCACGUUUUCCCCAGCAUCCCCGAGGAGCCAGGCAUGCCCUGUCCGGGAGAAGACAAAUCCAUCUACCGCCGUGGAGCCAGAAGAUGGCGGAAGCUGUACCGCGCCAACGGCCACCUCUUCCAAGCCAAGCGCUUUAACAGGAGAGCGUACUGUGGCCAGUGCAGUGAAAGGAUAUGGGGCCUUGCCAGGCAGGGCUACAGGUGCAUCAACUGCAAACUGCUGGUCCAUAAGCGCUGCCACGUCCUCGUCCCGCUGAGCUGCGACAGGCAUAUGGAUUCUGUCAUGCCUUCCCAGGAGCCUGCAGUGGACGACAAGAGUGACGACGUGGACCUUCCUUCUGAGGAGACGGAUGGAAUUGCAUAUAUUCCUUCAACCCGGAAACAUGACAACAUUGAAGAUGAGCCUGAGGACCUCAAGCCGGUCAUCGAUGGGAUGGACGGGAUCAAAAUAUCUCAGGGGCUCGGGCUGCAGGACUUCGACCUGCUCAGGGUCAUCGGACGUGGGAGCUAUGCCAAGGUCCUGCUGGUACGGCUGAAGAAGAACGAUCAGGUCUACGCCAUGAAGGUGGUGAAGAAGGAGCUGGUCCACGAUGACGAGGACAUUGACUGGGUACAGACAGAGAAGCACGUGUUUGAGCAGGCAUCCAGCAACCCUUUCCUGGUCGGCUUACACUCCUGCUUCCAGACAACAAGUCGGGCGUGGACGUACGAGGGUCAGGUGUUUCAGCCUCACUUCCAGCCCUGUUGUAGGAGCACAGCGCUUUCUGCACUCACGUCCCGGAAAUCCGCCGGCUCACGUGUUCCCAGGUUGUUCCUGGUCAUCGAGUACGUCAACGGGGGCGACCUCAUGUUUCACAUGCAGAGGCAGAGGAAGCUGCCCGAGGAGCACGCCAGGUUCUACGCUGCUGAGAUUUGUAUCGCGCUCAACUUCCUACACGAGAGGGGGAUUAUCUAUCGGGACCUGAAGCUGGACAACGUCCUCCUCGACGCUGACGGUCACAUCAAGCUGACGGACUACGGCAUGUGCAAGGAAGGCCUGGGCCCCGGUGACACGACGAGCACUUUCUGCGGGACCCCGAACUACAUCGCCCCGGAAAUCCUGCGGGGAGAGGAGUACGGGUUCAGCGUGGACUGGUGGGCGCUGGGCGUCCUGAUGUUCGAGAUGAUGGCUGGCCGCUCCCCCUUCGACAUCAUCACCGACAACCCCGACAUGAACACCGAGGACUACCUUUUCCAAGUCAUCCUGGAGAAGCCCAUCCGGAUCCCCCGGUUCCUCUCGGUCAAGGCCUCCCACGUGUUGAAAGGAUUUUUAAACAAGGACCCUAAGGAGAGGCUCGGCUGCCGGCCGCAGACUGGAUUUUCCGACAUCAAGUCUCACGCUUUCUUCCGUAGUAUAGACUGGGACCUGCUGGGGAAGAAGCAGGCCCUGCCGCCCUUCCAGCCGCAGAUAACAGACGACUACGGCCUGGACAACUUCGACACGCAGUUCACCAGCGAGCCGGUGCAGCUGACCCCGGACGACGAGGACGUCCUCAAGAGGAUCGACCAGUCGGAGUUUGAAGGGUUUGAAUAUACCCACCCGCUGCUCCUGUCCGCCGAGGAGUCCGCGUGAGGCGCCGCGUUCUCGUCGUGGACGCGGGCAGACGGUGCGGGCCUGUCCCCGACCACCGCGCAUGCAUGCAUGCCGGGCUGGGUGCUGGCGGCCCGGGCAGAACAGCCCCUCCAUGCGGCCCGCGGCCGCCUGCACCAGAGGAACUUGCUUCUUGUGCCUGCGCCGCGGCCUGCCUCCGCGGUGCCCGUGUCCGAGGGAGAAAGUGUCCCCGACUUCGAAGGUGCACACUUUCCACAGAAACAGAACUGACCUGCUCCGCCGGGAGAGUUAGCCUGUAACGUCCUGAGGAAUAAAGUGUCCCGAUGAUGUUGAAGCUUCCCUCUGAUGCCUUUUUUUCGCGGGUGGCACCCGCCCAGCGUCGCAGGCACGGCCCCACCCGGAGGAGGCGCGGGCCGGGGACGGGAGCGUAAGUGCCUGCGGGGAUCCACUGCAAUGGAGCAUUUUUACAAAUUCGGAACAUUUUCUAAAUCCUGGUAAGUUCCUGUUGUUAAUAUUUAACAAGUAUUUUCAUACCGAGCAUGUCAGUAGCCCCUGUGGUCUGACGCCCAGGUCCCCCCUUCACCAGGUGGGCACCACUGGUCCCGACCCAGGCAUUAGACUGACCAGGAAAAUUGGAUCAUAGAGGUUCUAAAACACGGCUCACCAAAGCACCCGUAGACCAAAAAACAAUUUGAAAACUAAAUCCGCACAAAAUAUAUUUCUGGAAACGCUAAGCAGUGCCUGUGUGGUGUCUCGUGUUACGUAUCAGAUUGUUGGAAAAUAUUUUUAUCAGAAAUAAUGAUGCUCAGAAUUAGAAAUUUUAAAAAGAUAUAUGUAUGAUGGGUCCUAGCCUUAAAGUGAAACAAUAAAUCUAGAAUACCCUCACACAUGCAUCUCUGGGCACGGCUCACCCCCUACUUCCCAUAAUCUGCAAAGGGGGCACGUGUCACUCGGCCACCCUCUUAAGUGAAAAGCCAAACCCAAGGUUUUCUAGAACGAGGUAAAUCGUGGGCUUGCAAGUCCCUGACAUGUCAGGUGUGGCUCAGGGACAGGCAGAGUGUGUGUGUGGGGGGUGGGGGUGGAGGGGGGGGUGGCAGGGGCCUUGCCCACCCUCGGGGACAGCAGUCCCCGGAUGUCCCACAUCGCCACACACCCCUAGGCCUUGCUUCUCUCCAUGUGUCUGCGGCCUCGGGCGGAUCACAGUAAUUAAAGGAUAACAGAGAAGCCACUGCCUCACCGUGACCCUCCGCAGACAUGCCAGCCUCCCCAGGCCCGUGGCCCCGGUGGCAGAGCUGUGUCCACGGAACGUGUAUAGGCUUGUCCCAACCAGCACCCCAGUUGUGACCAGAAGGACCCACCUCCAGAGACGGAAAUGAGGGACCACGGACCAGAGUCAGAGCUGCCUGGGCCUGAGGGGCGUGGCAGCCCCGCGGUGAUGUCGUCCUGGAGCCACGCGUGAGGGCUGCGAGGUCGCCUGGGCGGGGGAGACCCCACUUGCCCAGGACAGGGUCACGGACGGCCUCAGGAGCCCCCUUCCUCCCAACAGGGGUCGCGUGCUGCAUCGGGUAUGGUGACAUCUUUGCUCAGACAGCACAGGGGCCACGGAUCUGUUCAAACUUAAGGCAUUUAUAUCAAGGUUGCGGUGUUGCCAAACAGCUUCCCGGUCACCAGUGCGGUUGCUCGUGUACAAGACAUGUGCGUGACCUGUGCUCCUGGUGAGGGGAGAUUUUGUGCACAGUCACUUGUUUUUAUAAAUUAAAGAAGGUGAAGGGUGUGCUGAGGUGGGGUUUGGAAACAAAUCAUUAACGUUUUCCAGCGGCUCCAGUCAAUACGGUGUCCUUUUGAUACGGUUCUUGGAACCUGGUGCCGUCAGAACUGUAAAGAGGUCAACGCGUCCCUGUGGUUUUGUACAGUGAAUGGCGGAGCGCGUGGCCAUGGCCUUCCUCCUGCAGAGGGGGUGCCCACCAAGGCCACACCCGCUCGUGUCUUGCACAUUAAAGACGUUAAUGACUGCG